AUGAAUUAAAGAUAGAAUAGGUAGCAUUCAAUAAUUGCAACGUAGUUCCGCCGCUUGAAAGAGACCUUGUACCUUGGGAGAUUGAGGUUGCAUGUAAUAGCUGUUUCAUCAGACAGUGAACAUGUUUGCAACUACCAAGUCCUCUACAUUAUCACCUUUGUUCUCUUUCAGUAAAUCCUCGUUCCCUUCCAAACCCAGAUUCUGGAAUUUGGUUCCAAUGAAACAACAAUCUUUCCCUUUGGCCUUAGGCUCAGCCAAUUCACACAGAACCCUUCACGUGUCAUGUACCUCAUCAUCAGAACACGCUUCCCAGAGAUCAUCUAUUCAGGGAGGUGAAGCUUUUUUCAGGGGUGUGUUGGAAAGUAUGCAAACCGUUUACUUGAACAGGAAUCCUACUGCAAAGGCCAUAUUGGACCUUGUUCACUCUGUUGAUAACAACUCAUUAUGCUAUGAUCAUCUUGCAUUCAGGACAUUUGGGGUGAAUGGUCAUGGAAUUGAUUCCAUGGCUAGGUUGUUUCUGGAUUAUGGCUAUACACAACGCGAGGAGUUGAGAUUUCCAGCAAAAAAGUUGAGGGCACUAUGGUUUUCUCCACCUGAAGAUUCACUUACUAGUAAUGGCAGUGGCAUUAACGGGCCUUUGCCCAGAAUAUUUAUAUCAGAACUACUGGUAGAUCAAAUGAGUCCAAAAACCCAGGAAAUUAUGAGAAAAUACACUGAAUCAUCUGGGGAUGGAAACAAGUAUGCAGCACUUGCAAGUUCCCUUGGACAUUUAACAUGGGAAAAGCCCUUAUAUUCUGAGUUUCAACAAUUAGCAAGUGAAAGUGAGUAUGCUGCCUGGACCCUAGUCAACGGGUAUGCACUGAACCAUGUUACUAUAUCCACUCAUCGGCUGAAAACUCAUUUGAAGGAUAUAAAGAAAUUAAAUCAGUUUAUUGAGGACAGUGGAUUCAGAUUGAAUUCUGAAGGAGGAGUUCUGAAAGUGAGCCCUGAUGGUCUUCUCCAGCAAAGCUCAACUGUAGCAGAUUCAAUUUCUUUCCAAUUUUCUGAUGGUAUAACUGAAUUAGUCCCAUGCUCAUACAUUGAAUUUGCCGAGCGUCUGGUGCUACCGCAGUAUAAAAAUUUACCUGACACAGAGGUUAAAGAGUUCCAUAGAAGGGAUGGUUUUGAAGUAGCUAGUGCUGACAAGAUAUUUGAAAGCACAUCCAAGGAGCAGUUGAGCAGAGUAGGCUCAUGAGUCAUAAGAGGCUCAUGUCACACCAUACCAUGAAUGAGCAGAGUUCAUUCCCCUUGGGGAAACAUAUGACAUGUUUUACCCAGUUAUAUUAUGGAAGUUUGGAUUUCAUACAUUUUGGGUCAUGUGGAUGUUGCAUAAAUAACUUGGGUUGAUUAAUUUAAAAAAAGAAAUUGAUUAACUCACAUACUCAAGCAUAGAAUAAGUGCGUGUUUGAAUUAAAUUUUGUAACGUGAUUUUUCAAA